CGGGGACCGCCGGCGAGGUGGGGCACCGCGCGCGCGUGGGGGAGCGCAGGGCCCGGCGGAGUCGGGUUUCAGAGCGCGGCUGAGUCAGGCGCGGGCGGCAGCCUGGAUCCCGCCGCCGCCGAGCGCCGCCUUUGUUCCGCGGGCGCAGCGGAGCCGCGGUCGGGCUGCUGCACCAUGACACCCAGGAGGACCGCGCAGGGACGGCGCCCGAGGUGGCUGCUCUCCAUCGUCUCCGCGCUGCUGUCCGCCGCCGUCCUGCAGACGCGCGCCGCGACAGGCUCAGCUUCCCAGGACCACCUGGACCUCACAGAGCUCAUCGGUGUCCCAUUACCCUCCUCCGUGUCCUUCGUCACGGGCUACGGUGGUUUCCCAGCCUACAGCUUUGGGCCGGGUGCCAACGUCGGCCGGCCAGCCAGGACCCUCAUCCCACCGACCUUCUUCAGGGACUUCGCCAUCGGGGCGGCGAUAAAGCCCACCAGCACCCACGGAGGUGCGCUCUUCGCCAUUACCGAUGCUUUCCAGAAGGUCAUCUACCUGGGCCUGCGGCUUUCGGGCGUGGAGGACGGCCGCCAGCGGGUUAUCCUCUACUACACGGAGCCGGGUUCCUCCGUGUCCCGUGAAGCUGCCGUCUUCUCCGUGCCGGUGAUGACCAACAGGUGGAAUCGUUUUGCUGUGACCGUCCAAGGCGAGGAAGUGGCCCUUCUCAUGGGCUGUGAGGAGCACGGUCACGUCCUUUUCCAGCGAUCUUCCCGGCCUCUGACCUUUGAGCCCAGUGCCGGCAUCUUUGUGGGCAACGCAGGAGCCACGGGGCUGGAGAGAUUCACGGGCUCCAUACAGCAGCUUACCAUCUAUACGGACCCCAGGAUCCCUGAGGAGCUGUGUGAAGCUCAAGAGUCCUCGGCAUCGGGAGAAGCCAGUGGGCUUCAAGAGAUGGAUGAAGUUGCUGAAAUCAUGGAGGCUGUCACCUAUACCCAAGCCCCGCCUAAAGAAGCACAAGUUAAUCCCAUAAGCAUGCCUCCUACUUCCUUUUCUCCUGCUGAGGACACGGAGCUUUCUGGUGAACCGGUACCCGAGGGAACUCCAGACACUGGCUUAAGCCUCCCUGGGCACAGCAUCCCUGAGCAAGGGUCUGGUGAAAUUCUGAAUGAUACACUGGAGGUCCACACUGCAUCUGGGGACCCCAGUACUGAUGACGGUUCAGGGGGUGGCGCCUUGUUGAACAUCACUGACGGGCAGGGGUCACCAGCAACAGCAACUGGGACGGCCAGAGCACCUGGUGCCACUACUCUGGAAGCAGAGAUUGGCAGUGUGCCUACUGGGAGCUCCACCCUGGCCACGUCCACCCAGAACUCCAGGGAAGUGGCCACUCCGGAUCCAGAGAAUGAAGAAAAUAUAGCAACAACAGCAUCAGGGGAUGGCGAGGUGCCCACUGGCACUGCUGGAGAAGCAGAGGCUGGCAGCGUGCCCACUGUAGGGACAACUCUGGAGCCAAGAGCAGAAGCCACUCUGGGUCCAAACGGUGAAGAAUGGCUAUCCCCGGCUGCGUCCAAAGUGCCCCUCAGUGCCUUUGAGGAAGAGGAAGCUAGUGGGACUGCCAACGACAGCCUGGAUAUCUUCACACCCACUGUGGUCCUUGAGCAAGCCAGCGGUGGCCCUACAGACAUCCAGACUCCUCUUACACCCAUAGUGGUCCUUGAGCAAGCCAGUGGGGGCCCUACAGACAUCCAGACCCCUCUUACACCCUCGGUGAUCCUUGAGCAAGCCAGUGGGACUGCCAACAACAGCCUGGAUAUCUUCACACCCACUGUGGCCCUUGAGCAAGCCAGCGAGGGCCCUACGGACAUCCAGGCCCCUCUUACACCCACAGUGGCCCCUGAGCAAGUAUUUACUACUGCGCCCACUGACGGCGAAGACUUGGUGGGCUCCACGGAGGAAGUAGAAGAGGAGGGGUCCGGCAGCACACUCCCCAGGGGGCCUCCACUCCCCACGCCCACAGUGAUUCCUGAGAGGCACAUCACUCUGGUCGGCGUGGAGGCCGAGGGCUCUGGCCCCGUAUGGGGCGUGGAUGGCUCUGGCUCUGGAGACAUUCUGGGCAAUGAGGAUCUGUUGAGAGGUCCUCCAGGCCCCCCAGGCCCACCUGGACCACCUGGGAUUCCAGGAAAGCCUGGAACUGAUGUUUUCAUGGGACCCCCUGGAUCUCCUGGAGAGGACGGAGUUGCUGGUGAGCCAGGACCUCCGGGCCCCGAGGGACAGCCUGGACUUACUGGAGCCUCUGGACAGCCUGGAAUGAAAGGAGAGAAGGGAGCAAGAGGGCCUAACGGCUCAGUUGGCGAGAAGGGUGAUCCUGGCAACCGUGGCUUACCAGGGCCCCCGGGGAAAAAUGGACAAGUCGGAACUCCUGGUGUCAUGGGACCACCAGGGCCUCCUGGACCCCCGGGACCCCCAGGCCCAGGAUGUACAACGGAACUUGGAUUUGAGGAGAUCGAAGGCUCCGGACACACCCAGCUGCUGAGCAAGCCCAGCAUCUCUGGGCCCUCUUCUCCAAGUGGUCCCAAAGGAGAAAAAGGAGAGCAAGGACCCAAGGGUGAACCAGGAGUGGAUGGAAUUGGCACUGUGGGGCCCCCCGGGCCCAGGGGUCCACCUGGGCGCGUCGAGGUCCUGUCCAGUUCUUUGAUCAACAUCACCAAUGGAUCCAUGAAUUUCUCAGACAUUCCUGAGCUCAUGGGGCCUCCGGGGCCGGAUGGUGUGCCAGGGCUGCCGGGAUUUCCAGGCCCUAGAGGACCAAAAGGUGACACCGGUGUGCCUGGAUUUCCAGGUCUAAAAGGAGAACAGGGCGAGAAGGGAGAGCCGGGUGCCAUCCUGACCGGGGACAUUCCCCUAGAGAUGAUCAAGGGGAGAAAGGGUGAACCCGGAAUGCAUGGUGCCCCAGGACCUAUGGGACCCAAAGGACCACCAGGACACAAAGGAGAAUUUGGCCUCCCAGGACGACCCGGUCGCCCAGGAUUGAACGGCCUCAAGGGUGCCAAAGGAGAUCGCGGGAUCAUGAUGCCGGGCCCACCUGGCCUACCUGGACCCCCAGGGCCUCCAGGACCCCCGGGAGCCAUGGUUAACAUCAAAGGCGCUGUCUUUCCAAUACCUGCCCGGCCACACUGCAAAACACCAGUUGGUACUGCUCACCCUGGCGACCCAGAGCUGGUCACUUUCCACGGUGUUAAAGGAGAGAAAGGGUCCUGGGGUCUUCCUGGCUCAAAAGGAGAAAAGGGGGACCAAGGAGCUCAAGGACCGCCAGGCCCUCCAGUUGAUCCAGCUUACCUGAGACACUUUCUCAACAGCCUGAAGGGGGAGAAUGGAGAUGCAGCAUUCAGAGGAGAUCCCACCAACAACCUUUUUGUGUCUGGGCCUCCAGGCCUACCAGGACAUCCAGGCGUGGUUGGACAGAAAGGAGAGGCUGUUGUCGGGCCCCAGGGGCCCCCAGGGGUUCCAGGCCUGCCUGGACCUCCUGGCUUUGGGAGACCUGGUAUUCCUGGACCACCGGGACCUCCUGGGCCACCAGGACCUCCUGCCAUUCUGGGUGCAGCUGUGGCCCUUCCAGGCCCACCUGGCCCUCCAGGACAGCCAGGACUUCCCGGAUCCAGAAACUUGGUCACGGCGCUCAGCGACAUGGGUGACAUGCUGCAGAAAGCACACUUGGUCAUAGAGGGGACCUUCAUCUACCUGAGGGACAGUGGGGAGUUCUUCCUCCGUGUCCGGGACGGCUGGAAGAAAUUACAGUUGGGAGAGCUGAUCCCCAUUCCUGAUGACAGCCCCCCACCACCAGCGCUGUCCAGCAAUCCGUACCAGCCACAGCCUCCACUGAACCCCAUUCUAAGCGCCAAUUAUGAGAGGCCUGUCCUGCACCUGGUUGCCCUGAACACACCGGUGGCUGGGGACGUCAGAGCUGAUUUCCAGUGCUUCCAGCAGGCCAGGGCAGCGGGACUGUGGUCCACCUUCCGAGCUUUCCUCUCAUCCCACUUGCAGGACCUCUCCACAGUUGUGAGGAAGGCAGAGAGAUUCGGCCUUCCGAUUGUGAACCUCAAGGGCCAAGUGCUCUUUAACAAUUGGGACUCAAUAUUUUCUGGUGAUGGAGGUCAGUUCAAUACACACAUUCCAAUAUACUCCUUCGAUGGCCGAGACGUGAUGACUGACCCUUCCUGGCCCCAGAAGGUCGUUUGGCAUGGCUCUAACCCCCAUGGUGUCCGUCUUGUGGAUAAGUACUGUGAAGCCUGGCGAACCACAGACAUGGCAGUCACAGGGUUUGCCUCCCCACUGAGCACUGGGAAGAUUCUGGACCAGAAAGCUUAUAGCUGUGCGAAUAGGCUAAUCGUUCUGUGUAUUGAAAACAGUUUCAUGACAGACACUAGGAAGUAAUACCCUUCCCAUGAUUUUUAAAGAGGUUUCUAAUUUUUCUUAUGUGAAGAGUUGACACUGAAGUCUAAAAUGUUGUAAAUAUUACAGUUUUUUUUAAUAUUACACAUUUGUCAAAAAAGAAACCAAAGAGAACAUACCUCAAUAUACUCAAAAGGAAAGACAUAAGGGACUCAGAUCCAAGUCAAAUCCAAUCCACAUAUUGGUGCUAGAUUCUGCAGGAAGCCCCCUCAGUGUGAACAAACCCUGCCACAGAGUCGGGCAAUCUGAAAACAGAGGUCGGUGUGAUUGCCCAGUGCAUUCUUCAGAAAGCAAUUUCUUCUUUCCACCCAUGGCUAGUAAGUGUAAGAUGUCCUUCGUGUUUGCUUACAAGGUCAGCUUUGGACACAUAUGUGUAAGCUGAGUGAUUCCAUGCACAUCCAUUCACCCACAACCGCUCAAAAGACCAUGCUUGUAUUUUCUCCUGCUAUCAGGCUUUAAUAUGGUUCCCCCCAAAAAUAUGAUUGCCACCAUGCUGUGGAGGGAUGCAUGUUUACCCAAUCACAGCUGAGUAUGGCAUCUGUUUAUGCAAUUCUGACUUGCUGGAAAGUUAAAACUCUCAGAAAGAAACAGCACAUAAUCAUUGCCUUUCCCCUCUCUAGUUACCCUUCCCAUUCCCCACCCCAAUUUUGUGAUUUCCAUUUAGCAAGUCUUGAAUUACUGCAGCUGAAACAGAUUCAUUGAGAUGAAUUUUCUGAAAAAUCUAUAUCAUUGUGCUACAGACUCUCAUAUCUUCUUCCGUGUAAGAACAUAAAGACAUCUUUUCCAGGUG